GGGGGCCGUCAACGAACGGGAAGACGCGACAGUUUUAAUUUUGUACACGCAGCGGCGGCUCUGAAGGAGGAAGAGAUGAAGUGGAGGCAAAAUUUAUUUAGGCAAGGAUUAUGAGUCCUGAAUGUAUAUAUGGCGCGGAGAAACGAGGUAUGAUAUUCCUCAAGGAAUUCGGAAGGUGCGCCGCGACGAGCGAGAAGUGUCCAAACUGCGGGCAGCUGACGAACACGUCGUUUUCGAGGCUCGUGAAAGACAGCUGUGGCCACGCAAAGUGCCGAAUGUGCCUGCUGUACGAGGAGCAUGGGUGUAAAGUCUGCCAAGCUAAGCGCUGCGUUCAAAGAAAAGAUGUUAAGGAUUAUUCAGGGGAGCCACGCAUCACGAACGGGGAGCUGAAUGACGCGCGAAAGUCGCCGAGCGAAGAGAUUGUGCUGCCGUUAGAAUUGGUCAUCAACAAGGAUUCCAAAUCCAAGGAAAAUCGCUCGGACUCGAGCCCUGCUAAGUGCGGAUCGUCGAAGGCCUAUGAGAAUGCCGCUUUUGACACCAACGAGGAGACCUAUGGAUCCGCGACGAACGACGCGGCCGCUAAUGACGAUUCCAGCAAAGUGUACAUUCCAAGGAUAGAGCCUUACAACGUAGCGUUGAACAUUGAAAACCACUUGAGGAAUGACAAUGAUCGAGACUCGAAGAAUCCGCAGAAGCCACGUGUAAAAAAUGACGACCAGGCAAAGGCGGGAGUCAACGAGGAGGUCGUGGAGAAGAGCAAAAACGUCAAAUGUCGUAAUCGUAGUCAUAUAACGAUAGUGCCGGGCGUCCCGGAAAAGUACAAGUGCAAUGUGUGCGGUAAGGUCUUCCGUAACAAAAAGGGCAAGUGCUAUCACGACGCCUGUGUAACAGGCAUCAGGCCCUACCAGUGUACCCUUUGCGACAAGAGCUUCGUCAAACGUUCUCACUUCGAAUAUCACGAGAGAGUUCAUAGAGGGUAUAAACCGUACAAAUGCAACCUCUGUGAGAAGGCUUUUCCACAGCAGAAUAAGCUCAAUAGACACAUGUUUUCUCACAGCAAGGAGAAACAGUUUGUGUGUCCCGAAUGCAAUAAACGGUAUAGCAAGAGGGAUGAUUUAAAGAAUCACCUGAACGUGCACAACGCGACGGCUAUAUAUAAGUGCAAGUCCUGUGACAAGUCCUUCCGCGUAUUAACUAAUCUGAAACGCCAUAUGCAAACGCAUACAAGCGAGCGGCCGCACAGGUGCGAUCAGUGCGACAAGAGCUUCAAAGACAGAUCUUUGUUGAUACGGCACAAACGGACUCACGGGAAAGACAGGCCGUUCUCUUGCGCUCAUUGCAACAAGGUUUUCCUGUCGAAGAGCGAAUUACGACGACACUUAACUGUGCACUCAGACGAGAAGCCGUUUUCCUGCGAGUAUUGCCAGACGCUGUUUCGACGUAAGGACAAUCUGAAUCGCCACAUCAGGCACCAUCAUACUGAGGACUUGAGUUGCGAGGUGCGCAAAACGUCAGUCGUCGAAGCGGACCAAGCCUGCUCGGCGAAGAGUAGCCUGCAACGACCGAGGCAGAAGUCGAAGAGGCCACAGCCAAAGAGCACCGGCAAGGUCGCCGUGACGUUCGCGAGCUCUCGUGAUCAGAUUAACUCGCGGCUCGACUCCAUGGGCAAUAUCACGCCUGUGAUAAGAGCCACCAGCGAAGUGAGUAACGCGGUGCCGGUGAUCAACGGGCCCAUCAAUAUCAGGCGACUAGAGGACAAAACCGACAGGAAGAUAUUCACGUAUACAGAGCCGAUUCCGGUCGCCGAGGCAGUCGAGCUUAACUGUCGGAUUGAGGAGAAGUUGUAUCCGCAAAGUGCCAGCAGCCACAAUUACUUUGUGCGUAGUUACCUUAAGGACAGGAACUCCAAGGUGAAUUCGUAUUCCAACAAUAAGCCAGCGUCGCAAGAAAAUGACAAUUUUACUACGGCCGCAUCCUCGCAACCUGGACUUCCUCCAAGAGCGACAGUGGAUCGGAGGGAUCUCACAACUGAUGUCUACAAGGAGAGACUCGUGAGAUGCGAAGAGGAGAAGAGCAACCAGAAUGGGGACGAGAAUGAAAGGAAUCGUGAAAGAAGAAAUUUCAGUGAUCCUGACACCGUUUCUUUCCAAGAAUCUAAUUGUGUCUCUACCAUAAAGAAGCAUACUACACAGCAGUCAGAAGGAUGUUCGAACGAAAAUUCAGCGAACAGCAAUUUGGAUACAACGAAUCACACGACACUGCUAAAAGAUUCUCAGAACUGCUGCGAAAAGAAGCAAAGCGACAUGCACUGGAGACGCAGAAUCGCGGAGACGCUGAAGCCAUGCUGAUCUCACGCAAAUCAACUUCUCCGAGUGCUACAAUCAGAACUGGAGCAAACUCGACGGCAAACGUACGAGAUACGCGGCGAAAAAACAGAUGGAACUUGCAGUAAAUUUUUCUCUCUUGUAGCAAAUUUUAUAUGAAAUAUUUCUAAUGAAAUUACGACUGAAACAAGUUUGCAUCUUUUUCACUUUUUUAAAUAUAAAUUAUAUUGACUUAAAUUAUCGUAAUAUAUGUAUAUACAUAGAUACGGUUUACAAUUUUUACUGGAAUUGCAAAGACUGAUUAAGAAAAACUGUAACUAAUUGUGUAGCGCUUGAUACAAUCACUGAAAAUUGAAUGAGAGAAAUAAAAUCUGAAAUUCUAAAAAA